AUGACCGGCAAAACCGAGCCUUUCGUCGUAGUUGUGGGAGCAGGGCCAGCUGGCCUUCUACUCGCACUGCUACUUGCACGAUCCGGCAUUCCGGUUCAAAUCUUGGACAAGUCCACAACGCUGGAUGAUCAGCCUCGAGCCACGCAUUAUUCCCCUCCUGCAGUCUACGAGUUGAGACGCGCUGGUGUCCUCGAUGACGUGCGAUUACAAGGCUUUUCUCCUGGGGCCGUAGCUUGGCGCAAACUGGACGGUACAUACCUCGCCGGGUUGGAUAACACAGUUCUAGGGGACUAUGAAGACCGCAUGGUCUGCCUUCCGCUGAAUCACCUGGGCAAGAUUAUCUACGCACAUCUCCAAAGGGAAUCUCUGGCCACGGUGUCUUGGGACCACAAUGUCGUGGCGAUAGGUCAGGAUGAGGGCAAAGCGUGGAUAGACGUCACGACAUCAAAAGACUCCAAGCCACGACGCCUGUCUGCUCCUUAUAUUGUCGGCUGCGACGGCGCAAAUAGUCAGAUUAGACGAGCCUUGUUUGGAGACUGGGAGUUCCCGGGGACCACAUGGGAUCAGCAGCUAGUGGCCACAAAUACAUACUACGAUUUCUCUCGAUUUGGCUGGAAAGAUGCAAAUUUCAUAAUUGACCCAGAGCAUUUCUACAUGGCAGCUCGUAUCUCCAAUGACGGUCUGUGGCGGGUAACGUACGGCGAAUCCGGAGGAUUGACUCGGGAAGAAUUGCUCGAGCGACAACCAGGUAAAUUCCGCCAAAUACUCCCAGGGCAUCCAGAGCCAUCAGAUUACAAGAUAGUCAGCAUUAGCCCGUACAGGGUUCAUCAACGACUCGCCGAGUCAAUGCGCGUUGGACGAUUCUUGCUUGCAGCAGAUGCUGCGCAUCUGUGCAAUCCUUUCGGUGGACUUGGCCUGACAGGUGGACUUGUUGAUGUAGGCGGCCUUUUUGACUGCUUGAAAGGCAUCUUUGAUGGCCGUGCGGACGACUCCAUCUUGGACAAAUACUCAGAAAUCCGACGGACCAAGUACGAAACUGUUGUCAAUCCCAUAUCGAGUGAGAACAUCAUCCGUCUUUUUGGCGCAAAUCCAGACACUGUUUUGCAGGAGGACAAAUUCUUGCAAAUGUGCCUCAAGGCGGAGAAUGAUCCCCAGUUGUCGCGUGAAAUUCAGCAAGGCGUGAAUGAUUUGCAACACGACUUUACACAAUACUAUCAGAAGAAAUAA